UUUUAGGAAAAUUAACCUCCAUGAAGUUUGCUGGCAAUGGUGGUGCUCGGGAGCAUAUUCUUAGCAUGUCUCAGAUUGCAAAGAGACUGAAGGUGCUGGGUAUGGCUUUACCAGAUGACCUUUUAGUCCAUUUGGUUAUGAAUUCUCUUCCUUCUCAGUAUGGACAAAUUAGGACUUCCUAUAAUUGUCAGCCGAAUAAAUGGACUCUUAACGAGCUCAUUUCUCAUUGUGUUGAUGAGGAGGAAAAGAUGAAUUCUAACAAAAGAGAGAGUGCUCAUUUUGUUUCUUCAGCUGAGAAGGGCAAGAACAAGAAAAGAAAGAGGCCUUCUGCAAAGACUGUUGAAAAGGCUAUUGAGAAACCUGCUGUUGCUACUGCUGUAGAUCCAGUACAAAAGAAGCCUUAUGUGCCAAAAUGCUUCUUUUGUGGAAAGACGGAUCACUUGAGAAAGGACUGUCCUAAAUUUGCUAAUUGGCUUGCAAAGAGGGGGCUGCCUCAACUACAGAAAGCCAACUGACGGUGAAAGAUACGUCUAUGUAGGAAAUGGCGAUCCGGUUGAAGUAGAGGCAAUUGGACAUUUUAGAUUAUGUUUAAAUA